AUGGUGUUUGAGGAAAUAAAAAGCGGAGAGCUGAACGGCCCUUCUGGAGGCAUUGACUUGCCAUCGUUCUGCGACCUCCAUAGUGCCUCCGAGAUGGGAAACCUGUCAAGGGUGAAAGUCAUCUUGUCCCAGAGAGGGACGGACAUUAAUUGUAACGAGUGGAUUGGUAGGACACCGGUGAUGUGGGCAGCUGGUAGUGGACAUAGAGAGGUGGUUGAAUUACUUGUGAGUAAAGGAGCUAAUGAGUCAAUCGUCGAUAGAUUCGAUAACAACAUCCUUCACUCCGCCGGUCGGGGAGGAGAUGUAGAGGUUGUGCAGUAUGUCCUUUCACAUGACUUGGUGGAUAUCAAUGUUAGAGGAAGUUGCAGGAGAACACCGGUCAUGGUGGCAGCAGAGAAUGGACAUAGAGAAAUUGUUAAGCUACUUGUGGAUAAAGGUGGUGACAUGUCACUCGUGGAUGAAAAAAAUGACAACAUCCUUCACUUGGCCUGUUUAUGUGGACAGAAGGAGGUUGUGAAGUAUGUCCUCUCACAGGACAUAGUUGACAUCAAUGGCAGAGGACGGCAGACAACGACACCUGUUAUGCUGGCAGCAAGAAACGGACACAAAGAAGUGGUAGAGUUACUCGUUAAAAAAGGAGCUGAUUUGUCACUAGCAUAUAAUACUCCUGGAAGCAACGUCCUUCACUUGGCCUGUUUUUAUGGCCAUGUGGAUGUGGUGAAGUAUUUGCUCUCACAGGACACAGUGGACGUUAACAGCAGAGGACGGUACAAGCAAACACCGAUGAUGAGGGCAGCAAAAAACGGACACAAAGAAGUUGUAGAGUUACUCGUAAAAAAAGGAGCUGAUUUGUCACUAGCAUAUAAUGCUGAUGGUAGCAACGUCCUUCACUUGGCCUGUGUUAAUGGACAUGUGGAUGUUGUGAAGUAUUUGCUCUCACAGGACACAGUAAACAUCAACAGCAGAGGAUGGAGGAAGCGGACGCCAAUGAUGAGGGCAGCAGAAGAAGGAUAUAAAGAAGUAGUAGAGUUACUCGUAAGUAAAGGAGCUGAUGCGUCACUCGUGGAUAAAAGAGGUAACAAUCUCCUUCACUUAGCCUGUCAGAGGGGACAGAUGGAGCUAGUGAAGUAUAUCGUCUCACAGGACAUGGUGGACAUUAACAGGAGAGGAUUGAAGAAGCGAUCACCGGUGAUGAUUGCAGCAGAAAGCGGACAUAAAGAAGUGGUAGAGUUACUCGUAAAUAAAGGAGCUGAUGCGUCACUCAUGGAUAAAAAAGGUAACAACAUCCUUCACUUAGCCUGUCAGAUGGGACAUGUGGAGGUGGUCAAGUAUGUCCUCUCACAGGACAUAGUGGACAUCAACAGCAGAGGAUGGAAGACGAAGACACCAAUGAUGAUGGCAGCAGAAGAAGGACAUAAAGAAGUAGUUGAGUUACUCUUAAAUAAAGGAACUGAUCCGUCACUCGUGGAUAAAAGAGGUAACAACAUCCUUCACUUAGCCUGUCAGAAUGGACAGAUGGAGGUGGUCAAGUAUAUCGUCUCCAAAGUUAUUGUGGACGUCAACGCCAAAAACAAGAGACGUAAAACAGCAGCCAACAUAGCAUCAUCGCAGGGACGAGAAGACUUGAUAGAUCUUCUUGUGUCACAUGGUGCUCACAUGUCCUAG